GUCAAAAAAACACAGGAAUAGAUACUCUUUUCAAUAGAAACAGCGGUUGAGAAUGUCAUUUGAAAGAGCAGAAACUUACAAUGCCCAGGUGUUGGCCAUGGGAGAGCAGGAUGAACGGGAAAACCAUGAAGUGAUCAAGGCAUUCCGUUCAUUUAUAUUAGAGUUCAGAUUGGAUAGCCAGUACAUUUAUAGAGAUCAAUUAAGAGAAAACUUAUUGAUUAAGAACUAUUAUUUGAAGGUGAAUUCUGAACACUUGAUCAGUUUUAAUGAAGAAUUGAAUAAAAAAUUGUCCGAUGAACCAGCCGAUAUGAUUCCUUUAUUUGAAGUUGCAAUUACUGAAAUAGCCAAAAGAGUUGCUUAUUUAUCAAAUGACGAUGUGCCAACCAGUUUCCCAAGUUGCCAAUUAAUUUUGUACUCCAAUGCCACCAAGACUUCUUUUAGAGAUUUAGAUUCUGAACACAUUUCCAAGAUUGUUAGAGUUAGUGGUAUUAUUAUCUCGGCAUCUGUUUUAUCAUCCAGACCUACUCAAGUUCAAAUCAUUUGCCGUAAUUGUAAACAUACUCAAAAAUUGAAUGUAAAUUCCGGGUUUGGUCAAGUUAAUUUACCAAAUAAAUGUCUUCACUCUUCUGAAACUACUGAUCAAAUUAUCCCAAUUAAAUGUCCUCCUGAUCCUUAUUUAAUUGUUCACGAUAAAUCUACUUUUGUUGAUCAACAAGUAUUGAAAUUACAAGAAUCCCCCGAUAUGGUACCUGUUGGUGAAAUGCCUAGACAUAUCAUGUUACAAGCUGAUAGAUAUAUGACAAACCAGGUUGUCCCCGGUACAAGAGUCACCAUUGUUGGGAUUUAUCUGAUUUAUCAAUCUAAACAAAGAAACGCUACGGGGAUUAAUACCGUCGCUAUCCGUAACCCUUAUCUUAAGAUUUUGGGGAUUCAAACUGAUGUUGAUAGUCAACGUGGUGGAUUAACUUUUACCGAUGAAGAAGAAGAAGAAUUUUUGAAAUUAUCUCGUUUGCCUAAUUUAUAUGACCUUUUCUAUAAAUCAAUUGCGCCUUCUAUUUACGGUAAUGACGAUAUCAAAAAGGCAAUCACUUGUCUUUUAAUGGGUGGUUCUAAAAAAAUCUUACCGGAUGGAAUGAGAUUAAGAGGGGAUAUUAAUGUUCUUCUUUUAGGUGAUCCAGGUACUGCCAAAUCUCAAUUAUUAAAAUUUGUUGAAAAAAUUUCUCCAAUUUCGGUUUAUACUUCUGGUAAAGGUUCUUCAGCUGCCGGUUUAACUGCUUCUGUUCAAAGAGAUUCUCAAACUAGAGAUUUCUAUCUUGAAGGUGGUGCAAUGGUUUUAGCUGAUGGUGGUGUUGUUUGUAUUGAUGAAUUCGAUAAAAUGAGAGAUGAAGAUAGAGUUGCAAUUCACGAAGCCAUGGAACAACAAACCAUUUCAAUUGCUAAAGCAGGUAUUACUACAAUUUUAAAUUCAAGAACUUCAGUUUUAGCUGCUGCUAAUCCAAUUUUUGGUAGAUAUGACGAAAUGAAAUCUCCUGGUGAAAAUAUCGAUUUUCAAACUACUAUUUUAUCUAGAUUUGAUAUGAUUUUCAUUGUUAAGGAUGAUCAUAAUGCUGCAAGAGAUAUGUCAAUUGCUCAACACGUUAUGAAUGUUCAUACUGGUAAUACUAAUAAUCAAGAAGAUCAAGAAGGUGAAAUUCCCAUCAAUAUCAUGAAAAGAUAUAUCCAAUAUUGUAAAGCUAGAUGUGCUCCUCGUUUAAGUCCUGAAGCUUCAGAAAGAUUAUCUUCUCAUUUUGUUUCAAUAAGACGUAAAUUACAAUUAAGUGAAUCUGACAUGAAUGAAAGAUCCUCAAUUCCAAUCACUGUUAGACAAUUAGAAGCAAUCAUUCGUAUCACCGAAUCUUUAGCUAAAUUAAGAUUAUCUCCAGUGGCUACCGAAGAACAUGUCGAAGAAGCAAUCAGAUUAUUUAAUGCUUCCACUAUGGAUGCUGUAGAUCAAGGUGUCUCCAGUGGUGGUGUCGUUGGUAAUAGUGAAAUGGCACAAGAAAUUAAAAAAGUCGAACAGGAAUUAAGAAGAAGAUUACCAAUUGGUUGGUCUACUGCUUAUAGAACCUUGAGAAGAGAAAUCGUUGACUCAGGAAAAGCUAGUGCCCAAGCUCUAGAUAAAGCUCUUUAUAUUAUGAGUAGACAUGAAGUUAUCAAAUUUAGACAUCAAGGUCAAAAUGUCUUACGUUGUGGUGUUUGAAUUUGUCUUUUCUGGUCUUUGUAUAUUAGUCUUUUCUUCUUCAUUUCUUCAUUUCCUUCUUUUACUUCAUUUCAAUCAGUA